AUGGCCGACGCUCAAUUUGACAGUGCACUCGAUCUGCUUCGGCGACUCAACCCGCGCGAUACCAAGGCAAACCUUCAAGCAAUCACGAGCAUUGUUCCAGACUUGACUGAAGAUCUCCUCUCCUCCGUUGACCAGCCCCUGGAGAUCCGCCGCUGCCCGCAGACCGGGCGCGACUAUCUGCUUUGCGACUACAACCGCGAUGGUGACAGCUACCGCUCGCCAUGGAGCAACGAGUUCGAUCCCCCUCUUGAGGAUGGUACCGUGCCCAGUGAACGUGUGCGCAAGCUCGAGGUAGCUGCGAACGAGGCGUUCGACGUUUACAGGGAGCUCUACUAUGAGGGCGGUGUCGGCAGUGUUUAUUUCUGGGACUUGGACGAUGGCUUUGCAGGUGUCAUCUUGUUGAAGAAGGGUGUGACCGCCGGCUCCCAGAGUUCCGGUGAAUGGGACAGUAUUCACGUCUUCGAGGCAACUGACCGCGCUCGUAUGUCUCACUAUAAGUUGACCAGCACUGUGAUUCUCCAUCUGGCAAAUGAGACCGAGGCUCUAGGCCAGAUGGAUUUGAGCGGUAAUAUGACCCGUCAGGUUGAGGCCGAUCUACCGGUCGAGUCGGACGCUAGUCACAUUGCCAACGUCGGGAGAUUGGUGGAGGACAUGGAGUUGAAGAUGCGGAAUCUUUUGCAGGAGGUCUACUUCGGCAAGGCGAAAGAUGUUGUCGGCCUUGGCUCUCUUUCGGAGAGCAACCGCGAUCGUGCUACACAACUCGAGAUGAUCAGGGGCAUGCAGAAGUGA